CGGGUUUGCUGGACGAGUGACUGAGCGAGCGUUAAACACGGUAAACGGUGAACGAGACACGAGUCCGAUGCGUCCCCGUUUGACCUGCACGCGAUAUACGCUACAUGUUGGGUAAAGGCCUGAAGCGGAAGCUGGAGCAGGAGGAAGAGAAUGGCGUGAUGAAGAUGAGCUGCCCUCAGGAGGCGUCACCCGCCUGCUACUGGCUCCAGCGGCAGACCGUGCUCAACCUCUCGCUGCUGAAGCUGCACAGCCGUCCGGGACACUCGGAGCCGGGCCUGGCCCGCAGGGUGCUCAUCACCAACACACUCCGGCGCAUCCAGGACAUCCCUGCACCCCAGUCCUUCCCCAACGGGGUCCAGUCCCAUAGUGAGGGCAGUUUGACGCCUGUGUCGCGGUUGGAGGAGGACAGACAUCUGUUUCUCUGUCUGUCUCCAUCCAUUUCCAAACAGCAGCCCCCAUCAUCCUCCGUUAUUAAAGACAGCUUCACCUCAGCACUGGCUGAAAUUGAAGAUCUGUGCCCGACUGUGGGAAUAACUACUUUAUUUUCUACGGAGACGGGCCGCUCGCUCGCAUCAGACCUAAAUUCAGUUGAAUCCAGGCAUACAGACCCAGAUCUUUCUGAAAUGAACAGCGGUAUGGACUCAGCAUCAUCUCUCUCGGACUCCGCCCAGUCAGUGUUUGGCCACACCCCCUCACUCCUCGCCGAUUUCUCAUUGGACGAUUUCCUGUUCACGGAAAUAGACAGCUUGCUGUUCGAUAACGUCCCCUGCGGUUCGUCCCUGAGCGGGAGCUCGGGUGCGUCAAAAGUCGUUUCCAUGGUAACGGAUGACCUCGUCAUGACGCUCGCUGGUUACGGUAACGGCGGGACGAGCCAAUCGGCGCUUCCAUCUAAUCAGACUUUCAAACUGGAUCUGAACGAACUGGAUCACAUCAUGGAGGUUUUGGUUGGGUCGUAAUUUGAUGAGCAAAACGUUUGAAUUUGUACUGAAUAUUAAGGUAAAUUUUUA